AAUUAGGGUUUCUUCUUUGCGGUGGUGUGAGAGAAACCGAAACAAUGGUGAAGUUUCUGAAGCAGAACAAAGCCGUGAUCCUCCUCCAAGGCCGUUACGCCGGGAAGAAGGCAGUGAUCGUCAAAUCCUUCGACGACGGAAACAGCAGCCGCGGUUACGGACACUGUCUCGUCGUCGGACUGAAGAAGUAUCCGAGCAAAGUCAUCCGAAAGGACUCAGCGAAGAAGACGGCGAAGAAGUCACGUGUCAAAUGUUUCAUCAAGCUCGUGAAUUACCAGCAUCUGAUGCCUACUCGUUACACGCUCGAUGUGGAUCUGAAGGAAGUGGCGACUGUUGAUGCUCUUCAGAGCAAGGAUAAGAAGGUGACUGCUCUUAAGGAAGCUAAGGCUAAGCUUGAGGAGCGUUUCAAGACUGGGAAGAACAGGUGGUUCUUUACCAAGCUCAGGUUCUGAAGAAGAGCAUCUUUGAGAUUUUAUCUUUAUCGGAUUUAUAAUUUACAUUUUUUUGUUUUUAGUUCUGUAGAAUGAAUGUGGAUCAUGGUGUUGUUAAGACGUUUUGGUUGGAAUUUGAUUUCGAGUAUUUGUCUUUUUGAAUUGUGUGAUCAUCAUUUGCUAUAUUGAUUGCCUUAAUCGUCUCCAGUUUAA